AUGUCAAAUUCCGGUUUCGAUAGACAUAUCACUAUUUUCUCCCCUGAAGGGAGAUUAUAUCAAGUUGAGUAUGCAUUCAAAGCAAUCAACUCCUCAAACUUAACUUCUUUAGCUGUCACUGGUAAAGAUUCAGCUGUGAUCAUUUCUCAAAAGAAGAUUCCUGAUAAGUUGUUAGAUGAAUCUACAGUUUCAUACAUUUUCAAAAUUACUCCUACCAUUGGAAUGGUUGCAAAUGGUUCCAUAGCCGACGCCAGAUCACAAGCCUUAAGAGCUCGUUCGGAAGCAGCAGAAUUCAGAUAUAAAUAUGGUUAUGAAAUGCCAGUUGAAAGUUUGUCCAAGAGAAUGGCUAACUUGGCUCAAUUAUAUACUCAAAGAGCUUACAUGAGACCAUUAGGUGUAGCUUUAACUUUUGUUCAAAUUGAUGAAGAAAAAGGUCCACAAAUUUUCAAAUGUGAUCCUGCAGGAUAUUACUUCAACGGUAAAGCAGUUGCCACAGGACCAAAACAACAAGAAGCUAUCACCCAUUUAGAGAAGAAGUUCAAGAAGAUUAGUCACGUUAAUGGAGAUUGGAAAGAUACAGUAGAAUUUGCCAUCAACAGUUUGAGCUCUAUUUUAGGUACUGAAUUCAGAAAGAAUGAUAUUGAAAUUGGUAUCGCAACUGAAAAAAGUUUUAAAGUUUUAACGGUUGAUGAAAUUGAUGAAAGAUUGGUAGCAAUUGCUGAACAAGAUUAA